CAAUAAUAUAAUUAACUAAUAAAAAACCCAUUGUGCAGCGCUUAUAUUAGAAGCAAUGCACCACUGAAUCAGAAUCUCUCCAGAAGUUAGUUAGUUAGUAUGGCUCUGUUUUUGAAGUCUCUUAUCAUCUUCCUACAUGAUUCAUGUCUUGCCUUCCUCUCUCUACUGAACCAUGGGGGGAGUUCUGAAGAUGCAGCUGGAGUUCCAAAAAGGCUCCAAGCAUUCAUUAAUGGGGUGAGGACUAGCGUUGAAACGACAUGGGGACGACAAUUGAGGAGUUCACUUAUAGUUCCCAUAUUCAAAUGUUUGGUGGCUUUGUGUUUGAUAAUCUCCCUCUUAGUUUUCAUAGAGGCUAUUUACAUGAACCUUGUGGUACUCUACGUUAAGCUGUUUAAGCGAAAACCCGAAAAAGUCUACAAAUGGGAGCCUAUGCAAGAGGACAUUGAGGUUGGACAUGAAUCAUAUCCCAUGGUCCUUGUCCAAAUCCCAAUGUUCAACGAGAAAGAGGUCCUUAAAUUAUCUAUAGGUGCUGCAUGUAGACUAAUAUGGCCAUUGGACCGGUUAAUUGUUCAAGUUUUAGAUGAUUCUACUGAUGAAACCAUCAUGGAGCUGGUGAACACGGAAUGUGCAAAAUGGGAAAGCAAAGGCGUGAACAUUAAGUGUGAGAGGAGAGACAAUAGAAAUGGCUACAAAGCAGGAGCUCUUAAGCAAGGCAUGAAGCACAGUUACGUGAAGCUUUGCAACUACGUAGCCAUCUUUGACGCUGACUUCCAACCGGAGCCUGAUUACCUCCAACGCUCUGUCCCUUUCCUUGUUCAUAACCCUAAUGUUGCUCUCGUUCAAGCCCGAUGGAGAUUCAUGAACGCAAACAAGUGCUUGAUGACAAGGAUUCAAGAGAUGUCACUCAAUUACCACUUUAUGGCAGAGCAAGAAUCUGGAUCCACUAGACAUGCUUUUUUUAGCUUCAAUGGUGCAUUCUCCUAUCAAAACAUGUUAUCUUAUUCUUUUUAUUACAUACAUACAAAAUUGAAAUCUCUUCUAGGAACUGCGGGUGUAUGGAGAAUGGCGGCGAUGGAAGAAGCUGGAGGAUGGAAUGACCGAACCACCGUAGAAGACAUGGACUUGGCGGUUCGUGCUGGUCUCCUCGGAUGGAAAUUUGUCUUCCUUCAUGACCUCACGGUGAAAAGCGAGCUACCAAGUAAAUUUAAAGCUUUUAGAUUCCAGCAGCAUCGAUGGUCCUGUGGUCCAGCCAAUCUCUUCAGGAAAAUGAUUAUGGAGAUUAUUCGCAAUAAGAGAGUGACGUUAUGGAAGAAAUUGUAUCUCAUCUACAGCUUCUUCUUCUUACGGAAGAUCGUAGUACACUUCUUCACUUUCUUCUUCUACUGCAUUAUUCUUCCUACAAGCGUCUUCUUCCCUGAAGUCAACAUUCCAGCUUGGUCAACUUUCUACAUUCCAUCUCUCAUCACUCUCUUUAUUGUCAUUGCUACACCAAGAUCAUUUCAUCUCGUGAUAUUUUGGGUCUUGUUUGAAAACGUGAUGUCCAUGCAUCGGACAAAGGGAACAUUCAUUGGCAUACUCGAAGGAGGAAGAGUGAAUGAAUGGGUUGUUACUGAGAAGCUAGGAGAUGCUCUUAAGACUAAGUUACUUCCCCAGAUUGGUAAACCUCGUAACGGUUGUUUCGAAAGCAUAAACUCGAAGGAGAUAAUGAUGGGGGUAUACAUACUGUGUUGUGCUUGCUAUGGACUUUUCUUUGGAAACACAUUGUUAUAUAUUUAUCUCUUCAUUCAAGCGGCUGCUUUUCUCGUCUCUGGAGUUGGCUUUGUCGGAACUUGA